CUCAGAGUAUAUUUCUUAUCAAGUUUAGAAAUUUCCACACAUUUCUGAAAGACACUUUUCUAUCAAGCAAAUCUGCCCAAGAACUCAAAAUGAGCAUACCAACUUACCAGCCAAAAGGGCCCAGACAAAAGCAACUUGAGACUGCUUGUUAUCCAACAGCCAAUGAGGCAACCAACUUGCUCCGCCUGGAACUUGCUCAUCAUCUAAAAAAUGUCAGAGAAAUUCCAGAUCUCACAAGCUCACAGAUCCGGAACAUUAUUCGAGUAUUUUUCCAAUUAUCUGCUUUAUAACAACAUGAAAUGACUUUGUUACAGAAAUCAGAACUACCUUCAACUAUUGCCCAAAUUACUAGUCCACAAUAUUUGGUACACUAUACCACUGAGUCAAAAUUCAGUUUCCGUGCACAGAUUUAUCAACAAACUGCACUUUUCUAUCAACUUGGAACCAUUUUGAACAAAUGGACACCAUUAGAGGUCAAGGAAACUUGGAAAAAGAAUGCACCCAUGAAGACUACAUAUUUUCCUUCAGGCUUGGGCAAUUUAAUGUUGCCUACAGGGGCAGCAGGCUUUUUUAAGCUUCUGGCUCAGAAACCUAUCCUGCCUUUAAAAGCAUUUCCUUUUGUUGUGCUCUUCUUGAUUGGUGGUGAAUCCAAUUUUGAUUUUUGGUGGAGCCAUUCCAUAGCUCCAGCCUUGGAUUACUUUGGAUACAAAAUUGAAUCCAGUCCACCAAAAGGUCUUUUCAGCAAGUUGAUUGGUUAUCUGAAGCCACAAUCUGCCAUGUCAAAAAUUGAGAAAGAUGGACUAACUGAAUCAACCUUAGCCUAUACCCCACAUGGGUUGAUCAUGGCAAAAAUUCUCAAGAACAGUGUGGAAUACUUCAAGUUUGAGCAUGAAGUUAGCUCCUACAUGAAAAAAUUCCACAUUCCACAUCCAGAAGAUGCUGGAAACAUGUCCCUGAUUGAUUAUUACAACAAUUGUGCUAUUUGCUGCACCAAGCCCCCAAAUGAAAGGUGUACAACAGUCUUGCAGGUGCAAUUUCUCAACCAAUUGGAGUUGGAAAAGAGAUUUCCUGGACUGAUUCAUGGAGGAGUGACUAGUGUACCUGAUCCAGUGCAGAUUGGUGCAGAGACAAUGUAUGAUUACAAAGAUCUGCGACUGCACAAAGUUUGCAAGGACCAACAAAAAAUUGCAUCUUGUGGCCAACACAGAUGGAUUAUCACCACAGCAACAGCUGUUUGAAGAGAAUGAUUUUCAACUUCAAUCAUAGCACAGAGGUUGCUGCCCUUCAAAGACAGGGGAGAGUUGGUGGGGACAUGAUCCCUUUUGGUACCAGGGUGCCCAAAGGUGGUGCACCAGCUGAUGGACUGAGGCCUUUUGAGGGUAUCAAUGCAACAACUACAUCUGGUGUAGAUGAGUUCUUUGCUCAAGCUGAAAAUGCAAUGGCUUAUGACAAAGUGGCAAAGUAUCUGGAUCCUGAUUUGUAUCAUGAGAUUCAGAGGCGCACUAUAGACA